CAGAGUGAGGAAAGCAAGAGAAGAGAGGCAGAUAUAUAGAGGCAAUAUUCAGAGUGCGAGUAUCAGCCAGUAAUUACCUUCCAGCUUCUGAGCCAAUCACAGAGAGAUACAGAGCGAGGAAGCCUAUUUACAUUCUCAGUCUAUUCCCCGGGCUGAGAGGGAGACAGUGUGCUGAUUGAUUUAGAGUCAGAGAGAAGGGACCGGCAUAGCUCAUCCUUUCUCAUAUUUGCAGAGUCGUGCUGGGAGAAAUCAGAUGGACAAGAUGAACCAAAGCUCAGCUGAGGCAGGGUCUGGAACCAUAGCACUGCGUUACCUCAGUAAAGGGGAGGCAGAAGCUAUCGAGACAGAGCUGCUCAGGGACUACAAGUUUGGACAGCAGCAGCUGAUCGAGAUCUGGGGACAAGCUUGCGCCCUCGCCAUCACUAAGGCCUAUCCUCUCAGCUCUCUAGCAAAGAAGCAGCCGACGGUGCUGGUGAUCUGUGGUCCGGAUCAAAAUGGCUCCAUUGGCCUGGUGUGUGCCCGACACCUGCGCAUGUAUGUAAGUAAACGUCUGCACAAAGGGUACACAGUGCACAAGAACAACUUUUCAAAAGUGUAA